AAAUUGUCGUACACGUGUAUGUCUGAAUCAGAAACCCCUUAAAUAAAAAUGAGUUCUUAAUUUUAUCGUCGAGGAAAAAUGGCGAUGGCUUUGUCCAACCCGACCACAAGCACUAACCUCUACCACUACUCAAUUCUCUCGCCGUUCUCACCGCCGUAUCACCUUCACCGUCGAAACACCGUCCUACUAGCGAGUCCCCGCCGUUUACGCCGCCUCGCCGUCGCUGGUGGUCCUCCUUCUCCUCCAGGCCCUGAUCCGCCUCCGCCUGAGGACACCACUCAGCUAGAAGGUCUUGUGGGAGCUGUGACAAGGGUUCAAGACCGCGUAAAGAUUUUCCUCGCAGUGUUCUUUUGGAUGUUUCUCUUCUUCUGGGUUACAGUCACAGAUGGGACGGGUAAAGGCAAAGGCAAGAAGGGUUCACGUUUCAAGUAGUUUCCAUAUAUGAAGAGGCUUUGGUGAUUAUCUACUACUCUAUACUGUAUAUAUAUCAAGACUUCAAAGAGAUCAAAUUACCUGUAUAAACUUCACCAAGUAAGCAUCUUCCUUGUACAUCACUUAUUCAGAUGAUAAUAGGAAACAAUAAGAUCGUGUUAUCUUCUUGGUUAAUGCUAGUGAUAUAUAGUACUCAAUUCCUGAUU